GAACUUGCAUAGUAACUGACUACUACUCGGAGUUUGGCAAACAUACUUUGUGAUUAGUGAUAUUUUUUUCAUGUAAAAACUCAGAGCCUGUCUGGUAGUUAUGCUCCUCAGCACUUAGGGCUAAGCUGGUUACCUGACAUAUGGGACAAAGGCAUCAAAUGUCAUGUAUAGGAGGAGCCCAGAAGGGAGUAAAGGGAUUUUCUUUACCCUUCAAACACAUGGGUUCAAAGCAGGUCUUAUCCCACUCUUCAGCUGAAAGAUUUUCAGGCUAUAAAUGCUGAAUAGUAGGAAAUGACUCUUGGUUCUUACAGAAGACUUCUUUAAGAAGAAGGAAAAAGAUAACCCUAGAGCUGGAAGAAUGUAGACAGGUAGGUAGGUGAUCAAGGGCAUGAUUUGAUGGUGGUACAGGGGCUUUGGCAGCAAUGUAGCUUUUGUUAUUUCUGUCCCCAGCUUCACCAUGCUGCCCUCUUUGGUUGUGUCUGUGGGGCUGUGCUCUGAGCUUCCCUCCCCCAACCCUUUUUUCUUGAAAGUAAUGUGAGUCAGCUGCCUCGUUCAGUGGCUCUUGCAUGAUUGCUGUAAGGCAGAGGGGAACAACACCUGGAACUGUUUAAGGGUGAUGCUCUUGCCAGAGCCAGCCUUCUGAAGCUGUAGCCUGAGGAACUGAUGUGGAGAGCAGGGGGAUGUAAUAGGAUGGCAGAUCUAGGAGACAUGAAUAUUCUAGUCUUUCCACAAGGAAGCUGUCAUAAUUGCAGGAUCUUGUGUUAUGUAGAGCACCAAUUGUUUGAAAAUUAUUUUUCACUCUUGAUGUGGAAGACUUGUAAUUUAGCUGGUAUGUGUAAGAAAAUUCCUUCAGCAGCAGCCCUGUCAGUUCCUUUCAAUUUGCCUGCCUUCAAGGCACGACUGUGCAGCUGCGUGGCUGGUAAUCCCAUCUGUCCAGUCCGCGCUGCUGAAGAGAGAAGCGUGCUGAAAUGUGGCAAAAGCAAGCUUUAUGCAUGGCUGCUACGUGUUCCCACCAGGCAUGGUUCUCUGGGGAGAAAAGCAGCGUCCUGCCCUCAGCAGGGCCCCUGGGAGCCGGGCUGUGGGGGGCAGUUUGGGUGCGCUGAGCACAGCUGGGAGGGUCAGGACCAAAAUCUCCUACAGGUGGGCAGUUGCUGCAGGCAGGCAAUUUAAGGUAUUUAUAUCAAGGUCAAGGGUGUCAGAAAAGGGGACGUUGUUUUAAUUCUGACUUGCUGUAGCUGGAAGCCAGCUUCGAAAAGGUGAUGCCCUACAAUCUGGCUGUGGGACAGCUGCUGCAGCUGGAGGAAGGAGCCCCUCACAGCGGGCAGGACCCAAGGGGAUGCGGUGCCCUUGGCCCUGCUGCAUUUAACCCAGGGCUUGGCUUUCGCUGCUUCUCCUCGUGUACCACAGAGCGACGCUUCCAGCUCCCCACCCCUUAUUUUCCAAGUAAAGGGGGAAGGCAGACAGGACCCUAGGAACCCCCCGCCAGUGCCCGGGGUGCUGGGGGCCGUGUGGCGGCCGCCCUGAGGCGAGGAGCGGCCCCGCCCCGCCCCGCCCCGCCCCCUCCCCUCACCUGGCGGCCGUUGCCGAGCCCGCGACCGUUACCCCGCGCGCGCAGCCUCGCGCCUCGUGAGGCGAGCGGCGCCCUCAGGGCCCCGUGAGGGGAGCGGCCUCUCGGGCCGGGCCGCGCCGGGCCGGGGGGGCGCUGGGGGCCGCCCCGGGAGCCGAGCCCGUCCCGGCGGCGCGGAGCGGGCUCCGCCGGCCCCAUUUCCCUUCCGGGGGCGUCGCGGCGGGCGGAGGCCCCCGGGCGGCCCGCAGGGAAGCGCCCGCCCCCGCCGCCCGCGGCGCGGUAAGAUGGCGGCCGCGGCUCAGGCGCUGAGCGGCUGCGGGCUGCUGCUGGCCGCCGCCGCCCUGGCGCUGCUGGCCGUGGCCAUCGGCACCGACUCCUGGUACGAGACGGACGCGCGGCGGCACCGCGAGCGCUGCCGCGGCUUCGGCCACAAGCGCAGCGACCCGCCCGGCUCCAUGUCGGCGCCCAGCUCGCACCUGCCGCUCCGCGCACGGCCCCCGCGGGCCCUGCUGCCCGGCCGGCCCCCGGCCCCCGCCCCGGCCGCUGCAGCCGCCGCCGCCGCGCUGGACUCGCACUGCGGCCGCCGCUUCAACUCCACCGUCUCGGGGCUCUGGAGGCGCUGCCACCGCGCGGGCUACGAGCCGGACAGCGAGGAGCUCAUCCGCAAAGGAGUCAUUCAGCGCUGUACUGCAGUGAAGUACCACUACACCUCCAGCUCUCUGCCUCGCAACUUACCCAUCAACAUCACCAACACCAUCCGGCAGGACGAGUGGCACGCUCUCCAUCUGCGGAGGAUGACAGCUGGCUUCAUCGGCAUGGCCGUCUCCAUCAUCCUGUUUGGGUGGAUCAUUGGCGUGCUGGGCUGCUGCAAACAGCAGGAGCUGAUGCAGUACGUGGCUGGGCUGCUCUUCCUGAUGGGAGGUACGUGUUGUAUCAUCUCACUCUGCACAUGCGUAGCCGGGAUCAAUUUUGAGUUAUCCCGCUAUCCCCGCUACGUCUAUGGGCUGCCAGAGGACAUCAGUCAUGGCUAUGGCUGGUCCAUGUUCUGUGCCUGGGGAGGCCUGGGCCUCACCCUGCUGGCGGGGUUCCUCUGCACACUGGCCCCGUCACUCAACACUUCGCGGGCAUCCGUACAAAAACCCAGACAAGAAAACGGGGCCGUGUGACCUCGGAGGGAGCGAGGAGAGACUCUGGGAUGCGCAGCCUGGGCAGAGCCGUGGGUUAACACCGGAAGAGGUGGCACGUCAGCGCGUGGGAGCAGUGCCAUAGCGGUGGGAAGUACCAGCCUGUGGGACGCUGCUACAGACGCGUCGUGGACACAGACAUUGCAAGUAACUCCAGGUUUGAAUUAUUGCUGAUUUGCUCAUUGAUGGUUUAAAGGGGGACAGUUCUUUUGUUUUUGUUUUCUUCUGUUUACAAGGGAUUAAGUCCAAGGCUGUGUCUUCUUUUGUGCUGUUUUUUGAACUGUACCUCCAUGGUCCUGUUAUUGUCCAGUUGUAAGGGAUGUUUACGCACCAACUCUAUUGCUGCAGGUCUGUGUAAUUCAGACCCAAAUUAGGGAAGGAGCUAUGUGAGGUUGGCUUGAACACUUUUGCAACAAACUUGUCUAGUGUUGGCUCAGGCCAUCAUUUCCCAAAAGAACCUUGAUCUAAGCCGAGGUUUAGGCCAAAGAAUUAGCCCAUCAUUAGUAUUAAUUCAUCUAAAGCAGAAAUCUGUGCUAUUCUAUGCUGUAGUAUCAGCUAUUUACUCACCACUAAAGCUGUUUCCAAAAGGAGCCUGCUGUAAAUGAACAGCAAGCCUCUGAAAAUUUCUUACUGGCUUUAGGAGAGGAGGGGAAGGUUUUCCUCAGCUUCUUCCACAGGUAAGGUUACUCGUUUGGCUAAUGUCCCCUUGCUUAAUGGGGAGAUGUAUGCAACAUGCAGCUUGUAACAAUUCAGCUAGAGGCCAGGGUACAUUUCUGAAAAUAAGUCGUAGUUUGAGCUGCUGGGAUCAACUUUCACCACCCAAAUAACUUGUGGGUGCAACUCCUGUUCUGUGAAAGGAGAUGAGUAAUUUUCCCCGAGCUCAAAUAGCAGUACUGCUGAAAUAGCAGAAUGUACAGCCCCCUCCAAUAUUCACGUCCAAAGGAACUGCAGUGUAUUUGCCUCAGGAACACGUGGCUUCUGCUCACUUCACCACCCACCCACCCCUUUAUAAUGUCAAAUGCCCCCUGAGCACAGCACGACAAGAACAUGCAUGCUCCACUGGAACAAGCUCCCUCUAAAAUGGACCUUGGAACCAGUGCAAGUACUAGGGCUAACUCAGGAACAUCAGCCAAAGUACUUUGGGGUGCGUUUUUCUUUCAUUCACCUAUUCUUUCUUCCCUUACAUCCCUGCCCCUCUCCCAAGUGUCCAAAAACUGCACAGAUAAAGAUGAGAUGGCCAGCAUUUGGAGAUGUUUACAUUGUACUUCAAAUACAAUACAGUGGCAUGUAAGAUACUUAAUGCUAAAGUCAGUGUAUUUAUGAAAAGUGUAAUUUUUAAAUGGAAGUUUUAAUUCUCAACUGGCAUUAAAAGUACUGAAAGACUUGCUCA